CGUCACUGCAGCGACGGUGGGAGCGACAACACAACAACCCAGGAGGGAAGUCACCCUUCAGACAUCUGGAAAUAUGCGGUCACUCGCCGGUCUGGUUGUUGUUGUGACCGCAGCCAGCUUGUAUCUGUAUUCACUGUCACUGUACCUCCCUCCCGGACCACGGAGACGGACUCAGCCAGGUGCCAAGGCGGAACAUGUGGAGGAGAAAGAGUCCGAGCUGUUGGGUGACACCUCAGAGGAGCCCAGCAGGUUGAAGUUCCCCUCAGAUCUGGAGGAGCUGCGGGAACUGGCUGAGCUCCUGCAGUUUUACAAAACCGAACACACUGGAUAUGUCCUGCUGCUGUUCUGCAGCGCGUAUCUCUACAAGCAGUCAUUUGCUAUCCCUGGAUCAUCACUGCUGAACAUUCUGGCGGGAGCGAUCUUUGGACCAUAUGAGGGGCUGCUGCUGGCCUGUGUGCUGACCACGGUGGGCUCCACCAUGUGUUACCUCCUGUCUCAAGCCUUUGGGAAACAUUACAUCGUGAAUCUCUUCCCAGAGAGAGUCUCCAUGCUGCAGAGGAAGGUGGAGGACAACCGGGACUGUUUGUUCUUCUUCCUGCUCUUCCUCAGAUUUUUUCCCAUGACUCCCAACUGGUUUCUGAACAUGUCUGCGCCCAUCAUCAACAUCCCCAUCAYGUUCUUCUUCUGCUCGGUCUUCAUCGGCCUCCUGCCGUACAACUUCAUCUGCGUGCAGACGGGCGUCAUGCUGUCCGAAGUGUCCUCGCUGGACGAGCUCUUCUCCUGGGAGCGGCUCCUGCAGCUGCUGGCCAUUGCCUGCGUGGCUCUGCUGCCCAGCGCCCUCAUCCGCCGCUUCAGCCAGAGGCGGCUCAAACUGGACGCUCCGUCUCGGAACGGACUCGUCGCGGACAAGAAAGUGCAGUGACUCGUCGCCACACGGAUGGGUUUGUUUUGGUGUUCUGAUGCCUUCUGCUCCAAAGAGCAAACGUAUUAAAAGUGGCGACUUUUCAGGACAACUUUUCACUCUUCAGUGUAAACGUUGGAGUGCUUCUCUCUCCUGUGGCCUCACGGAGACGACAGGAAUCACUCAGAUGAGAUUUAAGUGUUUGGUGUUUUUCAUUUUUUGCCACAACAUGCAGAAAAAACAUAAUUUUCUGUAUGUAAAUAAAGGUAUGAAUGUACAGGAACUGUUAAGGUGAGGAGGGAUUUUAAGGAAGAUGUUUCAGUUUAACCAGCUUGUGUUUAAAGUGCCUCUCGUGCAGUUUUGACCUUUAAAUUCUACCUCUGAAACAUUCAUAUAAAUAAUAAAGAUGACGCUGUAGAUUGUAAAAAACUGGAGGGUUUCAGGUGAUUGUUUUUAUGAGUUUAUAUGAAUGUUAUUUGUUAAUGAAAUAAUGAUUUGUUUGGGAAAUAUAAACUAGUCGGCCAUAGCAUUAGAAAAAAGAGACCUGACUUUUGCAUAAAAGAUACUCGGCAUCAUUAGUCCCAAAGUAAAUCUGGUGAGCAGAUUACAGAAAUCUAGAGUUUUUGGUGUGUGGUUUUAGUGUUUUAGAUCAGGGGUGGUAUUUUCUUUAAAGCCCCCCUUUCUUACAUCCAAGCUAAGUCCAUCCCAUCCAUCUCUCCCAGCGUUUAUUAUUCAAAUGGACUUGUUUUGGUGAUUUUUAUAUUCAAACAAUGCAUUGACAUUUUCACCUCUGAGGAGACAAGGUUAUGGGACCCCCUCCACCUUUCUAUAUGAUGACUGUAGGUUUUUAUUCUAUUUGACAGAUUUAUUUGCUGAUAAAUUUGUUUAAAAAAAGAAUAAGUGUUUAAGUGUAAUUUUUGCCAAAUUUAAUGGUAAAUUUAACUGCUGGUGAACCGACUUGGAUUUCUGUGGUCCGUUCAUCACACCCAAAUUGUUCGCUGUGUUCUUUUUUUGUUUUAGGAAAGUAUUAAAUUCUGAUUCUGUAAAGCUUUAAUAUGACGCAGAAUCCCUCUGCACUUUUUAAGAUCAUGUAUAUACCCAGCGUCAAGUGUUAUUUCAAGUACAGUUUUUAUAUUUGCCUUUUUUUCCCCCUGUGGAAAAGUUGUAAAGCCAUUUUUCAGAUGUAAUGUACUGUGAAUUCACAUUUAUCAGCACAUGAUGACUGCAGAGUCACUCCAUUCUCACAUCAUGUCUAAUGAGAUUAAUGAUGCGCCUUUAUUUUGUAGGAGCUGAAACAUAGAAAUAAACAAACAUGAGCCAUGAUGUAUGUUUUUUUUUCUCAUUUAACCUUUAUUGCUCAGAUCCAUGUUGCUCAGCAAUACAGUUCACUCAUCAAAACAACAGUUGGGCUGCUACCAGAGAGACACUGAUCCGUGUUCUGUUGGACCACGUGUCCGACCAGCUCAGUCACUGAUUACCUUCAGGUGUUUGGAGCCUUUUGGCCUGUGGGUAAUGUAGGACUUUAGGGUUUUAACUUACUGUGGAAACAAAAGGAAUCUCCCAAAUGGUGAAAUGCAGUUACUAUAACUGGAUCCAGGUAAGACCACAAUUCAGAGAUUAGUGCUAGUUUGAAGAGCAGUACAAACCGGACCACCUGCAUAAAUUUCAUGCAAUGCUGUGCAUUUAACAAGAUAAAAAGAAAAAAAAAGACACUGCAGUAGUUCUGCAUAUAUUGGACCAGAUUAAAUCCUUUGACGCCUGAUUCGUACUUAGAAUCACCUCUGGUUUUUCCCAAAAGCAGAUCAAUUUUUUUACAUGAAAGUUUUGUUUUCAGGCCUGUUUUAUUUCAAACUUGUCAAAAAGCCUUUUAAUGCUUUGCAUUUCCCUCCCAUUUCAGUUCCAAUACCUGUUCAAAGUCCUAGCUAGGAUAUUUUUUUCUACCACAGUUUAAUAACUAGUAUUACUGGUUGUGAUCUAGUGAAUAUUAUGAAAUUCAAUCUACUGCUCCAGACUAUACCGUUUAAUCCGUGUAAAUGGCGAGAAAACCAGACAAAAAGGAAGCCAUAGCUAUUCAAACACUGUAUGAUAUAACUAACAGUGUGCACGCUCAGUGAUGUGUGCAGUUGUGAUUUUCUGAUACUGAAAAUUAAUGCCUAACAACACCCCACAAAACCAAAAAAAAAAAAAAAAAAAUACCAAUCCUUAUGAAU